GUAACAAUACAAGCUCUCAGGAAUACGGUCGGUCCAUCGGGUGGACGAUAGUUGCUUACAUUUUAAUAAAGCAACUAAGCAACAACACCAAUAUUGUUACUUGAAACAACCGCAGAUAACAUUACUUACACUGUGAUUGAAGAGUGAAGAGUGGUGGCAGCACAAAAGGAGAACAGUGAAAAGUUUCUAAAGAUUGGCAGCUAUAAUGCAGCAAUAAAACGAUGACAUUGUCUGGUGGCUCUCCUUGUGAAAAAAAUACAUACCAUUGCUAUUUUAAGAUUGUGCAAACUCAAAAAUAUAUUUAAGGACUAUUUCCUAUCUACAUCUGUUGUCGCUAAACAUAAAGAACACUUUAAAUUGCCCUAAACCAAUUGACACUGCUCUAACAUUGGCGUCGUAAUUAAAUCCUCGUGGGACCAUCGCUGUCAGUUGGCACCAUGGAGGACGAUCAGCAGUUCUGUCUGCGAUGGAACAAUCACCAGAGUACUCUGAUUAGUGUGUUUGAUACCCUUUUAGAGAAUCAAACGCUCGUGGACUGCACAUUAGCUGCAGAGGGAAAAUUCCUCAAAGCCCAUAAAGUGGUACUAUCAGCAUGUAGUCCGUUUUUCGCCACAUUACUGCAACAGCAGUACGAUAAGCAUCCAAUAUUUAUUUUGAAGGAUGUAAAAUACCAAGAACUGCGUGCCAUGAUGGACUACAUGUACCGUGGAGAAGUGAAUAUUUCACAGGAUCAGUUAGCUGCGCUGUUAAAGGCCGCUGAAUCAUUGCAAAUAAAAGGUCUAUCAGAUAACCGCAGUGGUAGCACGCCGAAAACAGAACAACAUCGCAGUUUAAAUGUACCUGGAAGUGGUAGCGGCGGUAAAUUGAGCGGAUAUACACUCGAGCAGACGCAAUCCAAACGUCCUCGCGUUGGACCCUCACCAAUGGAGCCUACAGAUAUAUCAGGCUCACGAGAGGGCUCUUCUAGUCCAUCUAGGCGCCGAAGGAAAGUUAGACGCAGGAGUGUUGAAAAUGCAAUGUCUGCAGAAGUUCAUGACAAUUCCAACUCUUCUCAAAUCAAUCAAUCGUCACUUCAGCCACAGCAACAACAACAACAACCACAAACCAAUGCAAGUGUAACUGGGGUUGGGGCCAUUAUGGCAGCCACCUCUUCACUUCCAGUCUCGGCAUCCACCCUAUCAAGCGGUUCAAGUGGUGUUUUAGCAGCAACUGGGUCAAUUGCUGUCACACAAGGCAGUACUCAGCAAAUGACCACAAACAUUACCAAAAAGACUGAAAGCGUUAAAGGAGUAAACGAUGCCAUUAAUACAGAAAAUAUACAGGCUGUGGGUGUAGCAGGUACUGGAGACGAACAAAAUGUCGAGCAUCUUAAGGGUGAUAAAUCGAAUCACAAACAAAAGUCGUCGACAGCUGGUGUUGCUGGUAAAGAAACUGCCGAAUUAGUAAUCGAACCGAAAAGUGAAUAUGAGGAAGAGGGUAAUGAGGAAACUGUUGAAGAUCUGACGCUAGACGAUGAGGAAAUGGGUAUGGAGGAUUUAGAUCAAAAUGCCGGUACAAGCCAAGCCGGCGAAGGAUCUAGUCAAGGAGAUUUUCUUUUGACCUGGUAUCAACACUCUUGCGAUCAAUGUGGCAAGUCAUAUAAAACGCGAAAAAGUUUGAGUCGCCAUCGGCGCUUCGAAUGUCGAUUUACAACGGAGCGGCCUAUAUUCCAGUGCCCCUCAUGCAAUUAUGCAGCUAAGCGUAGCGAUAAUCUAACCAAACACAUUAAGACACAUUUUGCUAAGAUGCAAAAGGAAUUCCUGCCGCUGGCAGUGAAGAUGCAAAACGCAAUACAGAGCCAAUUAGAGACCGCAUAGACAAUGCAGCUAUUCCAUAUAUAUUUGUCGGUAAGCAAGUGACGACGGCGAUGGCAUUGGAUUUUGGAUUAUGAGUGAAUAAAUGAUGCAACAACGAAGAUGUGGCUGGCGAUGUUCACCGUCACCGCUCGUGAACUGAGUUUUGGUCAAUUUAGACUUCAGGAAGCUUCAACGAAGUGAUAGCUGAUUGCACUCAUUAGUUUCUAAGUCAGAAUAAGAAUAGUAGUAAGUCUUUUGCCAGGCGCUUAUACGACAAAGAAUCUCGUGAGCCUCGGGAGCCACUCCAUAAGAAAAUGAAAAUUUUAGAAUUUGCCAUUAAAGAAAAAGUUGUUGAACAUUAUCCAAUAUAUCUAUACAUACAUUGCAUAUAAAGUGACUCAAACAAGUGUUCACAAGU